AUACCUACCCAAAACCAUCACACACACAGUUUUAACAUUUUCCACAUGUUAUCGGAGACUUCAUGCAUUUAACAACUGGAACUGUUUCUUAUUAAGUGAACGUCAAGAAUUGAAUGCGACAUUCUGUUGAACAUUCUUCUGGACUAUAAAUGGUUCAUUUUUCCUGUUGUAUCCAGCCAGGCUGCCCCUUUUAUUCCCAGCAACACAAAUCGAGUUUUAUCAGCCUGAAAGAAUCUUUCUUCUAAAUGAAGCCCAGUACUGUAAUAACUUGAAAGGCAUCUUUAGGCAGCGUAGUAAAAAUGUUUGAUUUGUAAUUGCCUGCUGAACUCUUGCACAGUCUGUUGCCAUAUGGUACCCUCCCUUCUACUGGCAAACAAUCUUUCCUUGUUCCUAACUUCUCAGCCUCCCUACCCCCUCCUUUUCUGGAGGGUAUGGAUAGGAAAUCCGAAGGAGGAGUUUCUUCUGCUCUCAGUGUGUUCGCGGUGACAUCAUAGGUGGGCUGAACGUCUAAGUCGAGUGUGUGUUUGUUUAAAAAAACACUGUCCAAAAGUGAUGUAUAUGGAAUCUGGGUCAGCUGUAGCUGGUUAGUGCACUUCUGCAUGUGAGAGUAAAACACUGCAGUUUCAAAAAACAUUUCCUUCUCUCUUCUGGAAUAACCCAUACUGGAACAUUACUUUUUUUUUUUUUCUUUUUUCUUUUUUUUUUUUUUUUAAAUGAUUAGUUAGCUUGGUUAUCGUAUGGAGAAACCCAAUUCCUCAACACAGCUUGGAUCUAACAGAGAAAGACAAAAGCACUUUUCAACUCCAACUGCAGAUUAACAAUCCACAGCAUCGGGUAAUAUAGGAGGAAAAAGCAACUUGGCCUCUGGAUUUUAUAUCUACCACAGGAGCAAAAGAGCCGGAAGAUUUUUUUGCUUGCCGCUUCUGACAGUCAUCAUACUUGCUUUAAAAUGAAGAUAUUUAAAUGGACCUUGGGCGUACUGUUGUUCCUGCUGUUGUCUAUCGGGCGGUGUACAGAACAAUCUACGCCUAAUAACACAUCCCAGCGGAGGCACCCUCGUUCAGCAGAUGGUGGAGAGGAAGGGAAGAAAUGCGGUUACACAUUCUUGGUCCCAGAACAAAAAAUCACAGGGCCAAUUUGCGUGAAUACUAAUGGACCAGGUACUGGUAACAGAAAAGAUGAAGUCACAAGAAUGGACAUCGAGAACUUGAAGGACGUGCUGUCCAAGCAGAAGCGGGAGAUUGACAUUUUGCAGUUGGUGGUGGAUGUGGAUGGAAACAUUGUGAAUGAAGUAAAAUUACUGAGGAAAGAAAGUCGUAAUAUGAACUCUCGGGUCACCCAACUCUAUAUGCAACUCUUGCAUGAGAUCAUUCGAAAGCGUGAUAACUCGCUUGAGCUUUCCCAACUAGAAAACAAAGUCCUUAACGUUACAACGGAAAUGUUGAAGAUGGCAACAAAAUACAAGGAGCUUGAAGUAAAAUACGCAGCACUAACUGAUCUUGUAAAUAAUCAGUCUGUGACUAUCUCACUGCUGGAAGAGCAGUGCUUGAGAAUCUUCUCACGACAGGACCCCCAUGGGUCUCCACCUCUCGUUCAAGUCGUGCCACAGCACAUUCCCAACAGCCAGCCUUACACUCCGGUUCUUCUGGGAGGUAACGAGAUACAGCGAGACCCCGGCUACCCUAGAGACAGAGAUGUAAGGCCACCACCUGACCCAGCUACUUCUCCUACAAAGAGUCCUUUCAGAGUACCACCACUGGCUUUAAUUAAUGAGGGUCCAUUCAAAGACUGCCAACAAGCCAAGGAAGCUGGGCAUUCCAACAGUGGGAUUUAUAUGAUCAAACCUGAAAACAGUAAUGAGCCAAUGCAACUAUGGUGUGAGAACAGCCUGGACCCUGGAGGAUGGGCAGUUAUUCAGAAGAGGACAGAUGGAUCUGUCAACUUUUUCAGGAACUGGGACAGUUACAAGAAAGGAUUUGGAAACAUUGACGGAGAGUACUGGCUGGGACUAGAAAAUAUUUACAUGCUUACCAAUCAGGAUAAUUACAGACUAUUGAUUGAGUUAGAGGACUGGAGCAAUAAGAAAGUCUAUGCUGAAUACAGCAGUUUCCGCCUGGAGCCCGAAAGUGAAUUCUACAGGCUACGCUUAGGAACAUACCAAGGAAACGCAGGCGAUUCCAUGAUAUGGCAUAAUGGAAAGCAAUUUACAACACUGGACAGAGACAGGGAUAUGUAUUCAGGAAACUGUGCUCAUUUUCACAAAGGCGGCUGGUGGUAUAACGCCUGUGCCCACUCUAACCUUAACGGGGUGUGGUACAGAGGAGGCCACUACAGGAGCAAGUACCAGGAUGGAAUAUUUUGGGCUGAGUACCGGGGAGGUUCCUACUCCUUGAAAGCAGUUCAAAUGAUGAUCAGACCUAUAGACUGAGGAGGAAAAAUCCCACAGUGCUCAAGUGAUCACAUAUAAACUUCUCAGCGCUUGAGUUCCAGAAAAAUAAAAUAUUACUUUUUAAUCAUUAUUUUGCACAAUCUGCCCCUGCAAAAAGCAGGUCUACAGUUUUCCUGCCUUUUUUCCCCUGUUGUGUUCCCCUCUCCUUUUGUUAGAAACCUUUUCUACUGUGACAGACGGUGUUUUUUUAAACACACAUUCACAAAAGCAGAUGUUUGUGCUUGCAAAGCAUAUUUAUCUUUGUUCAAGUCCAACACACUUUAUGUCAACAAUCAUUAGAACUGGUAAAAAAAUCCAGAUAUAUGACAAGAUAUAAGCUUUUUCACUUAAAAAGCUUAUGCUUUUUCAGGUUAGCUCAACCCUUAAAUGUAAAUAUGUGAAAUGACAUUGUCUUGCUUUAAUGUGAAAAUUGAUUAGUUAUUUAACAAUUUAUUUAAAAACGUUGCUAUUGCUUUCAAUGAAAAUCUGACUUCACAUUACUGUUUAAGAUUUAGUCCAAGAAGCUACAAAAAAAUUGAAGACUUUCUAGUUUUGCCAGCAGAGAAAGAUCUUUGCAACAAAUAAUUAUUUCAAAAUGAAGCAGUGAAUUAAAAUAAAAUAUUGAAUUUAUUAGUGGUGUAGAGAACUCCUUAAGCUCUGCAUAUCUUACCUUCUGUAAAACACCUAGGCAAAAUGUUCCUAACGAACAGAACAAUUGUAUGACAUUAUUGAUAAACUUAAGACAACCAAAGUGCUCGGCAGGCUUUUUUACUUUCAACCUCCGUAUUCAAACAUCCCCAUUAAACAGAAAUUUUAUUUCUUGAUACUUUGAACUUAAAUGGCAAACCAGAAAGUCCUCAUAUUACAAUCAUGACUUGACACUUGGAGACCCCUCAUGUGCUCCCAUUAGGAGAGAUGAGGUCUGAACAAGCGCUUAAGCAUACUAAUUUAAAGAAGGACCAAGUCUCUACUGAGUAUUAGUUUUCCUCCAACACAGCUUUCUGCUGACAUAGUAAAACAAAGAUUAGAAAUCACCUCUAAGUAUAUUCUCCCUGCCACCCCAAAACUGGACUGCUCCUGUGACACAGAUAUUUCCCUUCCCCUACUUGUAUACAACUUUUGAUACUGUCUGUAUUAAAUUUUCUAUGUUCUAGAUAACAGAUUUCCACUAAAAUAAGUAAAUUAGAAAUACUUUUCCAACCAUUAACAAAAGUCAUACAACAUACUGCAUCAAAACAAGAUACUUCCAAAAUCUGAAACAUGUUCAAGUGCUAGAGUCUCUGAAACGAAAGCUUUCUUCCUAGUAUAUAAAAUUAUGUAAUAAUGGUACUUAGCCACACAGCUUACCUAAUUUAAUUCGACAGAACAAAAGCUAAAUAUAUUUUUCUGAAUGGUAAGCAAUGUAUUUAUUUGGCAUGUGCCUCCAGGAUUUUAAGGAACUUUACUGCUAUUUAACAUAAGAAACCUUAAUAGCUAAAAGAAUAAUCUAAUAUUAUUGUUACGUUAAAUCAGUUGAUAUCAAUUGCUAUGCAAAUUCAGAGGACAAAAUAGCAUUCUCCUUUCAAAACACAUUCUCUGGAGUACAUAAAGCUUCACUGAUAAUAUAUGGCUGCAAGGGGUGUAAUUAAAUCUUUGGCCAGAGAUCAAAGCCAACAAGUUUCAACAGUAUUUAACUGGGGUUGGCAGGGGUAGGUGGAAUCAGUCCCAUAUUCUGUUCCCCAAUUCUAAGAAUUUAAACUGACACAAAUGUUUAAGAUUACAAUUCUGAAAUUGGUCUUCAUAUAAGGAAUAUUUGUUUGUUACAAAUAUCAUACAGACCUCAUUGAUUGAGUGUUCUAUAAAAUGCUUUUUAAUUGCAAAUACUUAAAACUCAGACUAUCUAUAGUCUAUUCUUUUUUUUUUUUUCUAUGGUAGCUGAAUAGAAGAGCAGUUCAGGUAAUUGAAAAGCUGAAAAUGCCCUCCAAAACAUUCCUUUAAUGAACACUUCUGACAGCUUUAGUUCAUUCAACCAACAGAUUUCCUCUCCUUGGAAGAGAUCUUGUUUUACCAGAAAACCCGCUACAAAAACAGUGUUUGUUUAUUCAGUGCAGUCAGUGAAAGGUGUACUUUGCAGAAAUCCCUAAGUAAAAUUAGCUGCCACUCAGCCUUUAAAUUAAAUCUUAUAUAUUAGCCAUCUAAAAAGUGAGUCUUCCCCAAUUUAAAGCUGCAGAAUGAUGUUAAUUAAACAUUAUUACAAAAUAUAUCCAGGAAGGCUCAGACUGUACAAAUGCUGUGCUCUGAAAGGAAAGACUUAAUUUUAAACCGCGCAUUUAAGAUUAUAAGAAGGGAAAGCACAGCACCUCUUUUUCAGGUUGGUUCAUACUCUGUACAAUAAUUUACUGUUUUCAAAUGCUUGUAACUCUUUCAGCUCUUAGCUUUUGGGUUGAAUUUUCUAAGCAGAGCAAACGACUUGGAAAUUAAGUGUCUUCUCUCUCACAUUUUUUUAGAAAGUUUUUCAAAAGAGGUUUUAGCAUCCCUCAAGCUUAUGACACUGGACAUUCAGAAGCAGUCUGUCUGUGAAGGGUAUAGCUUUCACCGCUCCUGUACGAUCAAUUCAAAUUUAACCAAGCAGACCUUGAGAAAGUUCAACCUGUACUAAACCUGAAACAUGGUUUUCACAUAUAUUUCCAAAGUCUAUUGCAAGCAUUAUCACUGGAGUAGCUGAAUAUUCAUCAGAUGAAUACUUCAAUAACCUGUUUUCCGCUUUUCUGUUUCUGGAUAUAAUUCCUGAAAGACAGCUCUAAGAAAAUAUUUCACAAGGUAGUACUGUCUAGUUAAA